GGAGAUGAUAUUUCAAUCUGCCCUGGCUUUGGGUAGAAAGGGAGCUGUUGAUGAGUACAUGAGUCGGACUGAAAAUGCAGUCAUGUUCUAUUCAAAAGCUGUGCGGUUGUUAGCAUUCCUUCAAGUGGAAGCACCAUCUCUGAUUUUAAACCCUCCAUUUUCUCUAACAAACUCGGAUCGUUAUAGGCUUCAAAAUUACAUUGAUGUCCUUAAUAACAGGCAAAGCGUUUCAAAGUCUCAAAUGAUGGCUCUGCUCAAGUGUGAAGAUCAACACUGCUCUCCAUAAGGAGGAGAGAGAGCUGUUAAUACAAAACGACGAUAACAUGCCAAUGCCUUACUCUGUAAAAUUCUUUUGUCUGUACAGUUAUUCUUUUAGCAAUAUUUAAAGUGAAAAGGAAAAAAAAGAAAAAAAGAAAAACGGCAACUCAUUUUCUUUAACGCUUGUAACAUUAUGUUUCUUUUUCGUUAAUUAAAUUUUAAUUCCCCUGGACCAUCUCCUUAUGUUCAUCUGGAGGCAAAGCCUCUAUCAGCA